AUGGAUGAAGAGACGCAAGAAAUAGAGCCAACACCGCAGAAGAAGAUGGAAGAGUUGUUAAAGAAGAUGGAGAACUGGUCUGAGAGACAGAUAAAGAGCAAAACAAUAAGCAAGACGCAAUUGAGUGAAUUAAAUAAGCUGGUGGUGAUGAUGAGGAAGGAGCUGAAAGAGAUGGAGAUAGAGAAGGCGAAGAUGGAAGGAAGGCUCGAAGAGCGGAAGGAGAUAGUAAACAUGUUUAAGGAAGCCCUGAAGGAGGAAGGAGAGAGAAAGAGCAGAGAAGGAGCACAAGAAGAAGGGACGACUAAGUCCUUCGCUGAUAUUGUGAGAGAUGAAAGAAAGAUGAAGGAGAAAAGGCCCCCUGCAAUUACAGGUAAGAGGGGAGAGCCGGCCAGAUCAUCAAACGUUGUGUUGGUGAGAAAAGAAGGAAGGGAAAGUGAGGAAGUGAGGAGAAAGAUGAAGGAGUUGAUAGAUCCUGGGAAAGAAAGGAUAAAUGUAAAGAGAAUGACAAAUGUGAAAAAUGGAAUCUUGCUGGAGGUGACCUCAAAAGAAGAGGUGAAGAGAUUAGUGGAGGAUGAAGGAAUGAAAAGAGAGGGAAUAGAGGUGAAAGCACCGGAUAAGAAAAGACCAAUGCUGAUGAUUUAUGAUGUUGAAAUGAGCUUAACCCUUUAAAGCAUAGUGGUCCCACCACGGGAUCACCUUUUUGUUUAUUUUCUGUUUCUAGCAGCACUGUGGUUCCGCCGUGGGACCACUUUUACUGUCUGCUUUGUGCUUCUAUCUAUCGGAAAAAAUGUGAACUACGUCCUCAAACUCAUACCAGCUGUUGCUAGCAGCCAUUCAAUCGUGGUUGUUCACUCCAUACUGACAGAUAGACGCUAACCUAUGUUUUGGUGUUGUAAAACUACAUUUAACAUUUCAUCUAAACAAGCAAAGUGAAGGAGCCACUUUAUCUCUGAAACAGUUCAGGAUCAACUUAUCACAAAGCUUGAUGUCCAGUGACAAGACUAGAAAUGGAAGCGGGAGAAAGAAGAAAAAUACCAUGUCCAGUUUCAAGAAAAAUAUUUCCACAGAAAUCAGAAGCAGUGGAAAUGUGCACCUACCUAUACAUAUGAGUAAGAGAAGAUGCGCCAACUGCAGCACAAAGGAGAAUCCUCAUCGUUCUUUUUGGGGUUGUAAAGCGUGUGAUGUUGCGUUGUGUUUGACUCAAGAAAGAAACUGCUUUCUGAAAUACCAUUCUGCCUAGUACAAGAAAAAAGUUUGAAUCAUGCAACAAUGCAUCCAAAUGUACAUAUUUUUCAAUAAAUUGAUGUUUUUAUUCUA